GGAAGAAGGGGAUUGUGGGAACACGCCCCCUCCGGGGGAGGACAGUCCUCUGGAGCCAUACGAGGUGAUCUCAAGAGUAAUCAAGGAAGAAGUCUUUGAGGAAGAUGAAGAAUUAAGGAUGUUGGAGGAAGAGGUGAAGGAAGAACUCUUUGAGGAAAAUGAAGAAUUGAGGAUACUACAAGAAGAAGUGAAGGAAGAAGUCUUUGAGGAAGACGAAGAAUCAAGGAUGUUGGAGGAAGAAGCGAAUGAGGAAGUCUUGAAGGAAGAAGUCUCAAAGACGCCGAAGGAAAACCCAGCAGAGAUUGAGUGGAGUAUACCGACUCCUUGGCUGACGGAUGAUCUUUCUGAAAUCCCGAUCCAAAUCCCAAAGGGGAAGAAAAAGAAGAUUGAUCGUUCUUCGCUUGGGAAAAAAGUCCUGCCCAAAUCCAGCCCUGACUCUCAGACAGGAGGAAAGGCCCAUAUAUGCCUGGAACACCAAAAGAUACGUCAGUGUCUGAAAUGCCAAAAGGACCCUCAGAGAAUAGAAAAGGGAGACGAAAUUUCACCCGAGAACAUCUCCACGGAAGAGAAACCAUACAAAUGCCCGGAUUGCGGAAUGAGUUUUGCCAACAGGAAGGGCUUUGCGACACACCGGCGCGUCCACAUGGGAGGGAAACCCUACAAAUGCUCAGAUUGCGGCAAGAGCUACGGCCGGAAGCCUUACGACUGCCAGGAUUGCGGCAAGACCUUGAGCAACAAACGCAACCUGACCUUCCACCAAAGGACCCACACGGGGGAGAAGCCCUACAAGUGCCAGGAGUGUGGGAAGUGCUUCAGCCAGAACUCCAGCCUCCGCAUCCAUGAGAAGAUCCACACUGGGGAGAAGCCGUACAAAUGCACAGAGUGCGGGAAGGACUUCAUCCACAGCACGAGCCUGAUCCAGCACCUCCAGAUCCACACCGACGAGAAGCCGUUCACCUGCUCGCAGUGCCAGAAGAGCUUCCGGAGCAGCACCAAGCUGAACCUGCACAUGAGGAUCCACACUGCGGAGAAGCCGUACCAAUGCACAGAGUGUGGGAAGAGGUUCAGCUACAACUCCUACCUCCGCUUGCAUAAACGGAUCCACAACGGGGAGAAACCCUACAAAUGUCAGGAGUGUGGGAAGAGCUUCCACCAGAGACAGCACCUGGUGUCCCACCAGCGGACCCACACUGGGGAGAAGCCCUACCAGUGCUUCGAGUGCGGGAAGACCUUCAGCCAGAGCUCGCACAGAAACCUCCACGAGCGGGUCCACACUGGAGAGAAGCCCUACAACUGCCUGGACUGCGGCAAGACCUUCAGCAACAACCGCAACCUGACCUUCCACCAAAGGACCCACACGGGGGAGAAGCCCUACAAGUGCCAGGAGUGUGGGAAGUGCUUCAGCCAGAGCUCCAGCCUCCGCAUCCACGAGAAGAUCCACACGGGAGAGAAGCCGUACCAUUGCCUGGAGUGCGGGAAGCAGUUCACCUGCAGCUCGAGCCUCAUCUAUCACCAGAAGACGCAUGCCGCGGAAAAGCCCUACAAGUGCUUUGAGUGCGGGAAGAGCUUUGGGCAGAGCCAGCGCCUCAUGAUGCACAGUAAAAUCCACGGGAAGAAAAUAGGCCUUUCUGACGGACUUGGGUUGGAUAACAGAGGAGGAUUCUGCACAGCAGACGUCAUGGAAGAAGGGGAUUGUGGGAACGCAGCCCCUCCGGGGGAGGACAGUCCUCUGGAGCCAUACCAGGUGAUCUCAAGAGUAAUCAAGGAAGAAGUCUUUGAGGAAGACGAAGAGUCAAGGAUGUCACAGAAAGGGGUGAAGGAAGAACUCUUUGAGGAAGAUGAAGAAUCGAGGAUACUACAAGAAGAAGUGAAGGAGGAAAAAUCAAGGAUGUUGGAGAAAGAAGUGAAGGAGGAAGUCUUUGAGGAAGACAAAGAAUCAAGGAUGUUGGAGAAAGAAGUGAAGGAGGAAGUCUUUGAGGAAGAUGAAGAAUCAAGGAUGUUGGAGGAAGUGAAGGAAGAAGUUAUUGAGGAAGACGAAGAAUCAAGGAUGUUGGAGGAAGUGAAGGAAGAAGUUAUUGAGAAAGACAAAGAAUCAAGAAUGUUGGAGGAAGAAGUGAAGGAGAAAGUAUCAAGGACACAGAAGGAAAACCGAGCAGAGAUUGAGUGGAGUAUACCAACUCCUUGGCUGAGGGAGGACCUUUCUCAAAUCCCGAUCCAAAUCCCGAAGGGGAAGAAAAGGAAGAAUGGCCGCUCUUCACUUGGGAGAAGAGUCCUGUCCAAAUCCAGCCCUGAUUCUCAGAGAGAGGAAGAGCCCUAUAUAUGCCUGGAAUGCGGGAAGUGUUUCACCUAUAGAAGGAGUUUUACUAUCCACCAGAGAAUACAUACAGGAGAUAAGCCAUAUAAGUGUUCAGUGUGUGGAAAGUGCUAUAACCAGGCUGGAAACCUCACCUCACACAUGAGGACCCAUUGCGCCGAGGAACCCUAUCAUUGCAUGGACUGUGGGAAGGUCUUUGCUACGAAGGCCAGCCUUACAGCACACCAGAAAAUUCACUCUGGGGAGAAACUGUAUAAGUGCUUGGAAUGCGGAAAGAGCUUCCGCCGUAGUGCGCACCUUAGUUCGCACCAUCGGAUCCACACUAGAGAAAAAUGGCACAAAUGCGUGGAAUGUGGGGCGGACUUCAGUGACGGCACGGAGGCAACUCGCCAAAAGACACGGCGGUGUCCGAAAUGCCAAAAGGACCCUCAGAAAAUACAAAAGGGAGAUGGGAUUUCACCUGGAAACAUCCCCACGGGAGAGAAACCAUACCAGUGCCCAGAUUGCGGAAAGAGCUUUGGUGACAUGAAGGGCUUCACUACACACCGGCGCAUCCACACAGGAGAGAAACUCUACAAAUGCUCAGAUUGCGGCAAAAGCUAUGGCUGGAAGGCGAUCCUUGUUAAACACCAAAGGAUCCACACCGGGGAGAAGCCGUACAAGUGCCUGGAGUGCGGGAGGGCCUUCCGCUUCACCUCCAGCCUGGCUUCACAUAAGAAGAUCCACACCGGGGAAAAGCCGUACAAGUGUAUGGAGUGCGGGAAGGACUUCAGCCACAGCACGAGCCUGAUCCAGCACCUCCGGAUCCACACCGACGAGAAGCCGUUCACCUGCUCACUGUGCCAGAAGAGCUUCCGGAGCAGCACCAAGCUGAACCUGCACAUGAGGGUCCACACGGCGGAGAAGCCAUAUCAAUGCUCAGAGUGCGGGAAAAGCUUCAGCUACAGCUCCUACCUCCGCUUGCAUAAACGGAUCCACAAUGGGGAGAAGCCCUACGAAUGCCAGGAGUGUGGGAAGAGCUUCCACCAGAGACCACACCUGGUGUCCCACCAGCGGACCCACACUGGGGAGAAGCCCUACCAGUGCCUCGAGUGCGGGAAGACCUUCAGCCAGAGCUCGCACCGCAACCUCCACCAGCGGGUCCACACCGGGGAGAAGCCCUACAACUGCCUGGUCUGUGGCAAGACCUUCAGCAACAACCGCAACCUGACCUUCCACCAAAGGACCCACACGGGGGAGAAGCCCUACAAGUGCUUCGAGUGCGGGAAGUGCUUCAGCCAGAGCUCCAGCCUCCGCAUCCACGAGAAGAUCCACACGGGAGAGAAGCCGUACCAUUGCCUGGAGUGCGGAAAGAAGUUCACCUGCAGCUCGAGUCUCAUCUAUCACCAGAAGACCCACGCCGGAGAGAAGCCCUACAAGUGCUUUGAGUGCGGGAAGAGUUUCAAGCAGAGCCAGCGCCUCGUGAUGCACAGCAAAAUCCACGGGAAGAAAGUAUAAGUGGGUUGGGAUACACUUGUUGUAGAAGGGCUAUAAAGGAAUACUUUCCAAGAAGGGCAUGCUCCUCUGUAGGCCUCUCUAGGAGGAGGAUAGUGUCUAGAUUGAGGGAGGUCAUCAUCCCUAUAAAGGAAUGCGUGCCAAGAAGGACAUACUCCUCUGUAGGCCUCUCUAGGAGGAGGAGUCUAGAUUGAGGGAGGUCAUUGUCCCUAUAAAGGAAUGUGUUCCAAGAAGGACAUACUCCUCUGUAGGCCUCUAUAGGAGGAGGAGAAUGUCUAGAUUGAAGGAGGUCAUCGUCCCUAUAAAGGAAUGUGUCCCAAGGACAUACUCCUCUGUAGGCCUCUAUAGGAGGAGGAGAGUGUCUAGAUUGAAGGAGGUCAUCGUCCCUAUAAAGGAAUGCGUGCCAAGAAGGACAUACUCCUCUGUAGGCCUCUAUAGGAGGAGGAGAGUGUCUAGAUUGAGGGAGGUCAUUGUCCCUAUAAAGGAAUGCGUCUCAACAAGGACGUACUCCUCUGUAGGCCUCUAUAGGAGGAGGAGGAUAGUGUCUAGAUUGAGGGAGGUCAUCGUCUCUAUAAAGGAAUGCGUCCAGUGAAAGGCAUGUUCUUCUGUAGGCUUCUCUAGGAUGAUAGUCAUAGCCCCACUCUAUUUGGCUUUGGUCAGUCCUCACCUGUAAUAAUAACUCUGCCCCAAAAUUGAAGGAGGAGAUGGACAAGAUGGAAGGGGUCCAGAGGAGGGGCAAUGAAAUGGUCAAAUGUUUGGAAGACAUGAAUCCUCUUGAGCAACAGCUUAAGGAGCUUGGGAUGUUCAGGUUGGAGAAGAAAAGAUAGAGAGAAGGGGACAGGAGAGCCCAGCACACUGACAUUUCCUUCUUCCAGCACACUGACAUUUCCUCGCCUGUCUUCCCAAGAGAUUUGCAGGAUUUUCCGGAGGCAACGCUGAUGGAAUCGUUCUAGGAGUUGCAUGUGACAUCUGUAGACAGUCCACAUUUCGCAGGCAUAGAGCAGGGUUGGGAGGACAAUGGCUUUAAAAAAAAAGCACCUUGGUAUCCCUACGGAUGUCCCGGUCCUCACUCUCUGCUUCAUUCAGAAAAAUGCUGCACUCGCAGAGCUCAGGUGGUGUUGUCUAUCAUGUCUCUUCUCAGUCUAUCAUGUCUAUCAUGGGAACGAGAGAGGGGGCUUUCCUUCUCGGUGGCAAAUUCUCCUCAACUCUGGAACUCCUUCCUUAUUCCUUUUUCACUUAUUGGGAAUGGAGAGAGAGUUGGGGUGCGCUCCUUUAAUUGAAGUGGAAAUGCUGCUGGAAAAGGGGAGCAUUGAAUAAGAGCGUUGGAUAAGACAGAAUGUCGGAUAAGUGAAGGCCGGAUAAGCGAGACUCUACUGUAUAUCUGUGGAAUAAUGUCCAGGGUGGGAGAAAGAACCCUUAUCUGUUUAGACUUUAAAGCAAGUGUGAAGGUUGCAAAUUAGCAAGCUUGAAUUAGUCAAUCGGUGGUAUCUGCAUAGUAUUAUUAUUAUUAUUAUUAUUAUUAUUAUUAUUAUUGCUUGAGCUUGAGAAAUUAGGUGCAGCUAAACAAGCUGGGGAGGUAUUUUAUGACACCAUAAAGGAAAAGAUCAGAAAAUGCUCAGUGACCAAAGGGAAGGAGGAAGUCCUGAUGGCUCUUUGGAUCAACAGCACCCCCUGUGGAUUCGAGCACAACCUCCAAGGCACCAAAAAGCUGGAUUUCGAUGCAACAUACCUCCUUUCUUUUCUGUCUGUCUCUGUAUUGUCUAUCUAAAACGGCAUUGAAUGUUUGCCGUGUAUGUGUGCUGUGAUCCACCCUGAGUCCCCUUGGGGAGAUAGGGCAGAAUAUAAAUAAAGUGUUGUUAUUAUUA